UCGAUUCCAUAGUCGAUGACUGAAACUGCGGAAGUGUUAUACAACUUACGGUCGUUUACUUUAUCGUAUAUUGUGGGAUAAAUCAGUCAACCUACAGUGGUAGCUGAGUCAGCAUGGGUGCCGACUUAUUAGGUUUUGCGUACGCUGCCACUGUUGCAGCUGGAGGAAUACUUGGCUAUGUAAAAGCGGGUAGUGUACCUUCCUUGGGUGCUGGCUUACUGUUUGGUGGAAUACUGGGAUAUGGAGCAUACCAGAUUUCACAGGAUCCCAAUGAUUACCACAUUCUUCUGGGCACAAGUACUGCCCUUGGAGGAUUAAUGGGAUACCGUUUCUACAACUCUGGGAAAUUUAUGCCUGCAGGACUAGUGGCAGCUUUGAGUGUUGCCAUGGUCCUCAGAAUAGGAGCACAGAGAGUUGGUCUCGUUGGAAUAAAGAAGUAAACUAUAUCAGUGGCAUUCCUUGUAGACUUUUUUAAAAUCUUUUUCUACAGAAUCUGCUAAUUUUUUGUUAUUAUCAAGAAUGUUUAUGUGAACUUCUGCAAUAAAGUAUCACAAGUAUACUGUU